AUGCUCUGAAUAUUACAAGAGAAAAUGCAUUUGUACGAUAACAGCCUGCGAUGUAGCGGAUCGGCCAUCUUCUUAAAGACCGGAAGCAUAUAAUCAAACAAGACGUUACGUUAUCCGCUGCGUUAGACCAGUGAGAAAUACCAACCCGAUUAGUUGUCAAGCGAGAAAACUUCUUGACAUUGCAACAGCAAAACGUAGAAAAGUACGAUUAAUCGUGUGAAUAAUGGACCAUUGAAACAUUAACCGUACAAGUUAUUAUUAAAGUAAAAAUGACGCAAUUACACAGGACUCAGAGUAUGCCUUAUACACUGGGUGACCAUGUUUGGGUUCAGACAGAAGGGAAUAAAGAGUUUGAUGUUCUUCGUGGUUGCAAAAUUGUCAGUGUUGAUAAAAAACGUGUACAAGUUUCCGAUGAUGAUGGUAAGCUACUAUGGGUAACCGACGAGCAAAUUGUCAAGCCGAUGCACGCAUCCUCCAUUAUCGGCGUAGAAGAUAUGAUAAACCUUGGGGAUCUACAGGAAUAUGCAAUUUUGAAAAAUCUUCAUAUGAGAUACAACAAAAAUCUUAUUUAUACUUAUACAGGAACUAUGUUAGUCGCUGUAAAUCCCUAUCAGGUACUGAAUAUUUAUACGGCCAAAGAAGUUGCCAUGUACAAACGUCAAAAAUUGGGGGAUAAGCCACCUCACAUUUUUGCUAUCGGUGACAACUGUUUUAUGAAGAUGAAACAAUCUGGAGAUGAUCAGUGUAUAGUUAUUAGCGGAGAAAGUGGUGCCGGUAAAACAGAGAGCACCAAACUAAUUCUUCAGUAUUUAGCAGCCAUUAGUGGUGAACAUUCUUGGAUAGAACAACAGAUUUUAGAAGCCAAUCCGAUCCUUGAAGCUUUUGGAAACGCCAAAACAGUGCGCAACGACAAUUCCUCACGAUUUGGCAAAUAUAUUGAUAUUAAUUUCAAUAAAUAUGGCGUAAUUGAAGGCGCCAGAAUUGAACAAUACUUGCUAGAGAAAUGUCGAAUUGUCUCUCAAUCGAAAGGCGAGAGAAAUUAUCAUAUAUUUUAUUCGAUACUUGCGGGACUUACCAAAGAAGAGAAACAGAAGUUGGAACUGGGAAAUGUAUCGGAUUACAGCUACUUAUGUGGGGUUCCAGACUGCAAGACUAGAAACGACGCCAAAGAAUUCGCAGACGUUAGAGCAGCCAUGAAAGUUUUGAAUUUCAGCGAACAGGAUUUCUGGAGUAUCAUGAAGUUACUAGCGGCCAUAUUGCAUUUAGGGAAUUUGAGUUACAAGCCAGUUGUUUUUGCAAAUAUGGAUGCAACGGAAAUACACGAUACUACAAAUUUGACAAGGGUCGCAAAGAUUGUCGGUGUCAGUGAACAAGCAUUAGUGGAUGCUCUUACUAGAAAAACAAUUUUUGCUCAUGGUGAGCGAGUGGUGAGCAAUUUGUCGAUUGACCAAGCAAUCGAAGUCAGAGAUGCUUUUGUAAAAGCAGUCUAUGGCCGCCUCUUCAUUAUGAUAGUCGACAAGAUCAACGACACAAUUUUCAAACCGAAAGCUUACACAAAAAACUCGAUCGGUGUUCUGGACAUUUUUGGUUUUGAAAAUUUCGACAGCAACAGUUUUGAGCAGCUUUGCAUAAACUACGCGAACGAACAUCUUCAGCAGUUCUUCGUGCAAUAUAUUUUCAAAAUGGAGCAGGAAGACUACAACAAGGAAGGCAUCUCCUGGAAACAUAUUGAAUUUGUAGACAAUCAGAGUAUCUUAGAUCUGAUAGGCACGAAAUCUGUUAACAUAAUGGCGCUAAUCGACGAAGAAAGUAAAUUCCCCAAGGGUACAGACGUAACUAUGCUUGCCAAAGUUCAUCAAAUGCAUGGAAAGAAUCGUAACUACGUCAAACCAAAAUCCGAUCUAGUAAAAUCCUUUGGUGUGAAACAUUUUGCAGGAACCGUUCACUACGACGUACUAGGAUUUUUAGAUAAAAAUCGAGACACCUUUUCAGCAGAUCUUAAACAAUUAGUCACCAUAUCAUCGAAUGAAUUUCUUAGGUCGCUUUUUACCGAUGAACUCUUAUCGAUUGGAUUUGAUGGUAAAAAAAGAUCGCCAACACUCUCCCUGGAAUUUCGAAGUUCGCUCGAACUCCUUAUGACAACUCUUGGAAGCUGUAAUCCAUUUUUCGUCAGAUGUAUCAAGCCCAAUGUGGAACAGAUACCUUCAAGUUUCGAUCGUGCUCUUUGUUGUCGCCAACUUCGCUACUCGGGAAUGAUGGAAACUGCUAGAAUUCGCAGAGCUGGUUAUCCAAUUCGUUAUAACCACGUGGAAUUCGUGCACCGAUUUCGUGUACUGGCACACGGAAUUCCACCGACACAUAAUGCAGACAUUAAAGCAGCUGCUGAGAAAAUUUGUCUGGAUGUACUUGGCAAACAUAAUUUACAGUAUCAAUUGGGGCACACAAAAGUUUUCCUGAAGGACGAGCAAAAUUUCUUUCUAGAACAGGAACGCAGUCGAGUAAUGUCAACGUAUAUUCUUAUAAUUCAAAAAAAUGUAAGAAGAUGGAUAGCACGAAAAAGGUUUUUGAAAUUGAAAGAAGCCGCCUUGCUCGUUCAAAAAACCUGGAGGGGACGUGGACCACGGAUACGUUAUUUAACAAUGCGCCACGGUUACCACAGAUUACAGGCUUGCAUAAAAUCACGAAACAUUACGAAUGAAUUUAACAAGAAGAGACAAGCCAUGAUUUCUCUUCAGGCAAUUUGCCGAGGUUACAUAGUGCGAAAACUUUGCAGGGAGAAAUCGCAAUGGAAACAGAGAAGAAUGCAAGAAAUUCUCAGUCUUCGAAAGGAGGAGGAAAAGUCUUUGAAGAAGCAGGGAAGCAAGAGGUAUAAGGAAAUUGCCGAAACGAACUAUAAAUCCAAAAUGAUUGAUCUUCAGAGUUAUAUUGUGGAAUUUGAAAAAAAAGAGGUUGAAACUAAUUUGAAAGAUUUGGACAACGAUUCUGAAAGUAAUAUCGACACUAUUUUCAAAUUUUUGGAGAACGAGCCGAAAAUGCCUAUUUCCAAGGAUUUACCUGGCGAUAUGUAUGCGGAUCUUGCUGCAAAGGAGACAGUUAAUGGCAAUGCCUCUGACGUUAUUGGGAUACCGGAAGAAGAAGAAGAAGAUAAUGAUAAAUUGGAGGACCUUACACAAUAUCAUUUCCGUAAAUUUGCCGCCACUUAUUUCAUAACAAAUAUCCCUCCGCAAUACACAAAAACACCAUUGAAGCAAUCACUCUUGGAUCUUCCACUUUUAAUUGAUCAAGUGGCUGCUCGAGCUAUUUGGAUUACGAUAUUAAGAUUCAUGGGCGAUCUUCCAGAACCCCGAAUUCCAAUUGAUGUUCCAAAUAAUAAAUCUAUAAUGACGAUCGUGUCAGAACUGUUAACAAAGAAUUUUACAAAAUCAAUCGAAUUUGAAAGUUUUUAUCGGGAAAGGAGUAAAGAAUUUGCUAACAUGACUUUCAAAAAACAAAAUACACUCGACGAAGAUCAACGACGAGGCAUAAUCAAGAAUGAAUACAUAAAUCAGGCAUAUGAAACAUGGCUUCUAACACGAAGAAGUAAUUUAGAAAAACUUCAUUUCAUAAUCGGUCACGGAAUUCUACGACCCGAAUUGCGUGAUGAAAUUUACUGUCAAAUUGUUAAACAAUUAAUUAAUAAUCCAACUAAAGCUUCUCACGCCAGAGGGUGGAUUCUAUUAUCUCUUUGUUUGGGGUGUUUUACGCCCUCUGAAAAAUUCUUAAAUUAUUUGCGAGCAUUUAUACACGUAGGGCCACCAGGAUAUGCGCCGUACUGUGAGAAAAGACUGACUAGGACGUACAAAAAUGAUACAAGGACACAGCCCCCCAGUUGGCUUGAGCUACAAGCUACCAAGAACAAAAACUCCAUUCCGUUGACAAUUACCUUUAUGGAUGGCAGCUCAAAAACUAUAGAAGGAGACUCGGCGAGCACUGCUGGAGAAAUUGUCAAUACUCUUGCAAAAAGUAUUAACUUGCAGGAUACUUUUGGGUUUUCGUUAUUCAUCACACUUUACGAUAAAGUACUAUCUCUUGGUGCUGGAAGAGAUCACGUUAUGGAUGCUAUAUGUCAAUGCGAACAAUUCGCAAGGGAAGAAGGUCAAUCAGAACGAUCUGCACCUUGGAGAUUGUUCCUUAGAAAAGAAACUUUUGCACCUUGGCAUAAUCCUGCUCUAGAUAAAGUCGCAACGAAUCUUAUAUAUCACCAAGUUGUCAGAGGCGUUAAAUAUGGCGAAUACAGAUGCUCAACCGAAGGCGACAUCGCGAUGUUGGCAGCACAACAAUUGUACGUUGAUUAUCAGACAAAAAUGACUGUUGAAAAUUUAAGAAGUGCUUUGCCACUUUACAUCCCCAAUCAUCUGCUGCAUGGUGUAGCUGAAGAAGUUCUUCCAAAAUGGGAGAAACUCACCUCGGAAGCAUUCCGUAAGAUAAUUAACGUUAUCGGACAAGCGCCACCGAUAAAGGCGAAAGAGGAUGUUGUACAAUUUGCAAAAAUAACAUGGCCAAUACUUUUCUCAAGAUUUUAUGAAGCUACACAAGUCUCUGGACCAGCUUUACCUAAAAAUAAUAUUAUAAUUGCCGUCAAUUGGACAGGAAUGUACUUCGUCGAUGAUCAGGAACAAAUGUUGUUGGAAAUGUCUUUUCCUGAAAUUUCUGAAAUUACAUAUCAAAAGAUCAAAAAUGCUUUCAUGCAGAAUUUAAUAUUGGCAACAAUUCGGCGAGAAGAAUACGUCUUCCAGAUUCCGGAUGCUGAAGAUCUAUCUUGUUUAGUAAAUUUUCUCAUAGACGGGUUAAAAGAAAAAUCUCAGUACGUUAUCGCAACGCAGGACCACAUACCGAACGAGGACAACAAAUCAUCCCUGUCGUUAGCAAAAGGAGAUCUAAUAAAACUCACUGGUGGAUCUACAGGAUAUACCAUAAUGAAUUCACCAUGGGGUUAUGGAGAAUGUAAUGGAGUCGAAGGAGACUUUCCAUCCGAAUUUGUUUACGUACUACCCACCAUGACGAAACCACCAAAUACAAUAGUUAAACUGUUCAAGGCCGACUUCACGGGAGCGGCAUAUCCUGCCAGGCAACAACAUCACCAGACACUUUCACGUUCGACUCAACACACCCUCAUGAAAUUUGCUCAAGAGCAUUUCAGAAAGAGCUAUAAUAUCACAGUAUUACAAAGUACCAAUAUUUCUUCAGCGAAGCGCAAUGUACCUGAAGAACUCUGGCGACAUACCAGAGAUCCAAUUAAAGCGCCGUUGCUUGCCAAAUUGGGUGAAAAUAAUGAAUUAUCGCAUCAGGCUGUAACUGCUUUUAUGAAUAUACUGAAAUAUAUGGGAGAUCUUCCUAGUCAUAGACAAAGAAUUGGCACGGAAUAUACAAAUCAAAUUUUCAGAGGACCUUUGGAAUAUGAGGCUUUACGUGAUGAAAUUUAUUGUCAGAUUAUGCGUCAGUUGACAGAUAAUAAAAUUCAGUUGAGCGAAGAACGGGGAUGGGAAUUGAUGUGGUUAGCAACAGGGGUCAUGACCUGUAGCUCCAAUGUGCAUAAGGAAUUACUCCAAUUUUUCACAUCCCGUAGGAAUCCUAUAGCCAUAGACUGUUUAAACAGACUAAAUCGUACGAUGAAAAAUGGUAACAGAAAGUAUCCACCAUAUAUACUUGAAGUUGAAGCCAUAAGAUUUAAGAGUAUGCAAAUCUUCCAUAAAGUUUACUUCCCCGACGACACUGAUGAAGCAUUCGAGAUACAAUCUUCAACAAAAGCUGCAGAUCUUUGUAGCGAUAUUGCAAGAAGACUGCAAUUGAAGAGUAGCGAUGGCUUCAGCCUAUUUGUCAAACUUGCUGAUAAAAUUUUUUCUGUGCCACAAAAUUAUUUCUUUUUCGACUUUGUUCGCGAGCUAAUCGAAUGGAUGAAGAAAUCAAGACCUUCAAGGUCUUCCGACCCAAUUCAGGCUCAGUAUCAAAUAUUCUUCAUGAAGAAAUUAUGGAUAAAUUGUAUACCAGGACGCGACCGAAAUGCUGAUACGAUUUUCUAUUAUCAUCAAGAACUUCCAAAACUUUUAAGAGGCUAUCACAAAUGCAAUAAGCAAGACGCCAUUAAACUGGCUGCUCUUAUUUACAGAAGUAAAUACGGCGACAGUAAAGAGGAACUUUCUGAAAUUCCUCAUAAAAUUCGAGAAUACGUUCCAAUGGAUCUUGUUAAUUUACUCAAUACAGCUGACUGGAAGAAACAAAUUGUUUCAACUUACAAUCAAGAGCCAGAUACGAGCAUUGACAAUGCUAAACAACAAUUUCUUCAAUAUAUUUAUCAAUGGCCGACAUUCGGUUCAGCUUUCUUCGAUGUGAAGCAAGCGACUGAUCCGAGUUUACCGGAAUUCAUUAUAAUCGCAAUAAAUAAAAAUGGCGUUAACAUCAUUGAUCCACAAACUAAGGAUAUUCUAGCUAUAUACGAAUUCACCGAAUUGUCUAAUUGGUCUUCCGGCAACACUUACUUCCACAUGACAAUUGGCAAUUUCAUUCAAGGACAAAAAAUGCUUUGCGAAACGCCUUUAGGUUACAAAAUGGAUGACUUGAUAUCCUCAUACAUUCAUUACUUACGUGCUAGUGUAGAGAAUCAAAAAGCUGCGAUUCUAAAUAAUUAACAAUCGCAACAUUGUUUAUAAUAUAAUAAAAUAAUAAUCCGGAUUGUUAAAUAAUAAUUCUAAUAACUAUAAUAAUAACAUCGUUUAAUAUAUAGAGCUAAUGUAAGUUACAGAACAUUUAUUCAAGUGAAUAAACAUGCGAAACAAUACCAAAGGAAAGCACGUUUUUUUUUAAUCACUUAACCUGGCAUUUGAUUAGCGUUUGCACGGACUUGAAGUGUCUAGCGAUAAAUUAUAUUUAAACCAAAAGUCAACGGGUCGUGUAUGUCUCCCAAACGUGUCAAAUAAUUAUGAAAUGCAGAUAGUCAAACGUCUGGGACACAUAUCGAUUGCUGGUUAAGUGAUAUUGACACUUAUACAUA